UGAAGUGGAGAGAGCGAGAGAGAGGAGCACCGUAAACACGAGGUUUGGAGAAACAAUACGCGGAUUUUGCCACUGAGGUCCGAGCUGAAAAUAACCGCUUAAGGAGGGGUCAGUGAAGGACCGUGCGCGAGGAAUACAUGAAGGGCAGGGUGGGGGAGGGGGCGGCCACCACAGCGGCAGUACCACCAAGGUCAAAGGUCACACAGACUCGCUCUGUGAUUGAUGAGGAUUAAGAGACAGAUUUUGCCUAUUAGGAAACACAGGAACGUCCUCAUCCACACUGAGUACAGAACUUUUAAUGGCGUCCCGGUAGAGACAUCAAGAUGAACACGUUACCAUCAAUGGACCGGCACAUCCAGCAGACCAAUGACAGGCUGCAGUGCAUCAAACAGCACUUACAGAACCCGGCCAACUUCCACUCAGCGGCCACAGAGCUGCUCGACUGGUGUGGAGAUCCCCGGGCCUUCCAGCGACCUUUCGAGCAAAGUCUCAUGGGAUGUCUGACGGUGGUGAGUCGGGUUGCUGCUCAGCAGGGCUUUGACUUGGACCUGGGCUACAGGUUGCUGGCUGUAUGUGCUGCCAACAGGGACAAAUUCACUCCCAAGUCUGCAGAAACCAGCACCUGCAGGAGAUGUCAGAGUGACUCAGCCCUGCUGUCGUCGUGGUGCGAGGAGCUGGGUCGUCUCCUCCUGCUGCGUCACCAGAAGAGCAGGCAGAACGAACCGCAGGGAAAAGUCCCCAUGCAGCCCAGCAUGAACAGCAUGAAGCCCGGCCUCACACACAGUGAUGGAUCCUUUCCCUAUGACUCUGUCCCCUGGCAACAAAACACCAACCAGCCCCCUGGGUCAUUGUCUGUGGUUACAACAGUGUGGGGCGUGACCAACACGUCACAGAGUCAGGUGCUAGGCAACCCAAUGGCAAAUAGCAAUAACCCCAUGAAUCCUGGAGGUAACCCAAUGGGAUCGGGCAUGUCUGCCAGCGCAGGAGGGCUCAACUCACCCCAGUUCAAUGCUCAGCAGCAACAGUUUCCAAACAAAGGAGGCUCUAACCAACCGUAUAUGCAGCAAGGCAUGUACGGCAGGCCUGGCUACCCUGGAGGUCCUGGGGGAUACAGCGGGAGUUACUCUGGAGGCCCAAACCCUCCUCCAGGAGGUAUGGGAUUGACCUCCCACACACGUCCUCCUGGUGACUUCACUCAGCCAGCCGCCGCCGCUGCAGCUGCUGCUGUCGCUGCCGCUGCUGCUACUGCAACGGCCACUGCGACAGCCACAGUGGCAGCUCUGCAGGAAACCCAGAAUAAAGAUAUGAACCAGUAUGGACAGAUGUGUUCUUCGUUCCAAAUGGGCCCCACACAGGCCUACAAUAGCCAGUUCAUGAACCAGCCCGGCCCACGAGGCCCCCCUGGAGGUAUGAAUCCAGCCAGCAUGGGAUCAGCCAUGAAUAACCCCAAUAUGAGUGGGCCUCCCAUGGGCAUGAGCCAGGCUCGAACCCCAGGCAUGGUGCCGUUUGGCACUCACGGCCAAAGGAUGCCUCAGCAAGGGUAUCCCGGAGGACCACGACAGGGCAUGCCCAUGCAGGGGAUGAAGAGGCCAUAUCCUGGGGAGGGAAGUUACGGGGGUCAGCAGUACGGACCAAACAGUCAGUUCCCACCACAGCAGGGACAGUACCCCUCAUCAAACGCCUCCAGGCCGCUGCCAUCUCCUAACUACCCCGGCCAGAGGAUGCCAGGGCAGCAGGGCCAAGGACAGUAUCCACCUGGCAUGCCUAUGGGCCAGUACUAUAAGCAAGAGCCUUUCAAUGGUCAGAGCACCAACUUCUCUGGAGGCGGGUACUCCUAUGGCCAAGGCAAUGGGCCCCCGAGGCCUGGUAACUACCCCCACUCCCCAGUCCCUGGAAACCCCACACCCCCUAUGACCCCAGGAAGUAGUAUUCCUCCGUACCUGUCGCCAAACCAGGAUGUGAAGCCCCCGUUUCCACCCGACAUGAAACCAAAUAUGACAGCACUUCCGCCUCCUCCAUCUAACCCCAAUGAGGAGCUGCGGCUGACGUUCCCAGUCAGGGAUGGAGUGGUGCUGGAGCCAUUCCGCUUGGAGCACAACCUGGCAGUCAGUAACCAUGUCUUCCACCUUCGACCCUCCGUCCACCAGACCCUCAUGUGGAGGUCAGACCUUGAGCUCCAGUUUAAGUGCUACCACCAUGAAGACAGGCAGAUGAACACCAACUGGCCUGCCUCCGUCCAGGUCAGCGUCAACGCCACGCCCCUCACCAUCGAGAGGGGGGACAACAAAACCUCCCACAAACCCCUGCACCUGAAGCACGUAUGCCAACCUGGAAGAAACACGAUCCAGAUUACAGUCACCGCCUGCUGUUGUUCCCACCUGUUUGUGCUGCAGCUGGUCCACAGGCCAUCUGUGCGAUCCGUCCUCCAGGGGCUCCUGAAGAAAAGACUCCUUCCUGCAGAACACUGCAUCACCAAGGUGAAGAGGAACUUCAGCAGUGUGGCGGCCUCUGCUGGCAGCACCACUCUAAACGGGGAGGACGGCGUGGAGCAGACGGCCAUUAAAGUGUCGCUGAAAUGUCCCAUUACCUUCCGACGCAUCCAGCUACCCGCACGAGGGCAUGACUGCAAACAUGUCCAGUGCUUUGAUCUGGAGUCCUACUUGCAGCUCAACUGUGAGAGGGGGACAUGGAGGUGUCCUGUGUGCAAUAAAACGGCAUUAUUAGAAGGUCUGGAAGUGGAUCAGUACAUGUGGGGGAUCCUCAAUGCCAUCCAAAAUUCAGAGUUUGAGGAGGUGACUAUAGACCCGACAUGUAGCUGGCGACCUGUCCCCAUCAAGUCCGAGCUUCACAUCAAAGAGGAUCCUGACGGGCCACUUGCCAAGCGCUUUAAGACCAUGAGCCCCAGCCAGAUGACCAUGCCCAAUGUGAUGGAAAUGAUUGCCCAGCUAGGGCCUGGCCCAGGACCUGGCCCUGGACUGGGUCCAAGCCCCUACCCCCCACACCCAAGUCAACAUCCUAGUGGCAACGGGGGAGAUUACCCUGGAGCAGGCAACAGUUACCACAACCAAGGGAGCUUUGACUUCCCUCAUGGGAACCCCUCUGGUGGUGGAGUUGGAGGAGGAGGUCCUCCUAUGAAUGACUUCAUCCAUGGCCCCCAGCUCUCCCACCCCCCAGAUGGUCCUGGCGGUCUCCUCCCCCAGGACAAGCCCCUCAACCACGGCAUGAAUGAUGCAAUGUCCCAUCCCGAUCAGUCCCAUAACUCCAUGCAGCAGAGCUUGCAUGCGUCUCCCCACCCUGGCAGCCAAUCAGGGCCGCCCUUACAUCACAGUGGCCAGUCAGGGCAGCCCUUGCAUCACAGUGGCCAACCAUCGCAGCCGCCUCGCCAGUCGCAGCCUCAGCCGCAGCCUCAGCAGCCUGGGCAGAACAGUCACCCCCACAGCGAUCUGAACUUUAACCCCUCCUCAGAUGGGCAGAUGGGUCAGGGAGCCCAGGAUAUGCCUGAACCCUCCCUGGAUCUGCUUCCAGAGCUGGCAAACCCAGACGAGCUUCUAUCAUACCUGGACCCUCCUGACCUUCCCGCCAACAGCAACGACGACCUUCUCUCGCUCUUUGAGAACAACUAGCCCCCCACCUCCCCUCGAAAACCCUCCUGCACCUACAGGAGUCGUGGCGUGUUUGACUGUCCGUCCACAGACACUUCACAGACCUCCUACCAAACUUCAAGCAGCUUCCUAUGCUCACGCACGCACAUACACAGUCUAUCAACAGAUAACGUGUGGCAUAGGAGCAGGGCGGGGAAAGGGAGCGCCUGUUUGGGAACUCCAAGGGAGAGAGCAGGAGCGCCACUUGUCCCCGCAUUCCCUUUUUUUCCUCGUGUAAAGAUUCCACGCACCAGUUUCACCGCCUCUGACUCGAAACACACCAUUUACAGCCAUGUUGGCGGGCACUAAAGUGAUAUUAUAUAUAUACAUAUAUGAUAUUUGUGACUAUUCAACUGAAAACUGUGCAGCUAUAAUCAUCAUGUGUAAACAACACGGAGGAGACAGGAGCCUUUGUGGGCUCUAGGAAAAGUGUUGUAGCUUUGUUUUUUUUUAAUUAUAAUUUUCCUUUUGUGAAAAAGAAAAACAUUGUCUUGUAAGAGUGUUUUUAUCCUAUUUCAAAUGUGUUCUUCCAAAACUUUGGCACAUGCCAUGCCCUUUGACCCCCGUGUGUGUGUGUGUGUGUGUGUGUGUGUGUGUGUGUGUGUGUGUGUGUGUGUGUGUGUGUCUGUGUGUGUGUGUGUGUGUGUGUGUGUGUGUGUGUGUGUGUGUCAGUUGAAUAACUGGAACUCAACAGAAUCAGAGCACUGAAAGGACGAGCGAUAAUGUCCUCGAGUGUCAACAGAGGAGACAAGCGCACGUUGUGCAAUCUAGUGUGAGUGUGUCGGUGUGUGUAUAUAUGUAUGUGUGUGUAUGUUUACGUGUCCUCUUUUGUUUGCCUGCGAGCGUAUGUGAAAGACAGCGGGGCAGGGAAAGUUCGAAACAGAAGAGGGAAGAAAAAUAUUGAAUGGAAUACAGAUAAAACAAUCCACUUUCAGAGCUGUCUCUGUCCUUUUUCUCCUGCUGUCGUUCUUGUGUAUUUAUUGUAAUGUUUCGCUCUUCCUCGUCAAAUUCAGCACCAUUUUGUUCACAAGUGCAUGUGUGCCAAUGGCUCCUGUUGUCUUUGUCCAGCCUAACCGUGCUUGAUCAAAUAUUUUCUCUUGUCUUUAUAUUUAUUAUUUUAUUUCAAAUUCAUCAGUUUUUUUUUCUAAUUGUUGUCCUUUUUUAAGUGUUUUAUCUUUGUCCCACAUUGGAAAUAAUCAGACACACAUCACCAAAGUUGUCCUAUGCUUUUUGUAAAGGAGUUGGAUAUUAUGUUGGCGCAAGAGCAGGAUUUCAGCAUCCUACAGACGUCUACAGAAGUUUUUAAAUCACUGUGUUUUAUAGAAACGUCUGUGUAAUCUUUCCUUUUGUCGUUUUGUUACUGUUGAACUGCAUCUUUUUUGGAAAAAAAAACAUCCUGCAUGAUCCAACAGUGUUUCCAGAGCUGUUGUAUAUACCCUUUGUGAAUACUUUGUGACUGUACAGUACUGUACCUAUCUAUUACUGGCAA